AUGGAGCCGACCGCCAAAACCAACGGGGCCAAAACCAACGGGGCCAAAACCAACGGAGCCAAAACCAACGGAGCCAAAACCAACGGCAAGGACAAGAAGGAGGGCGACGAGGUGAACCUCCUGGCGGAGUAUGGCCGGGCCUGGUGCCUCCAUCAGUUCGUGCCCUUUGUGGAUAAGUUGGUCCUGGGCAGCUACGGCCAGGCGAUGGACAACCGUAUGCUGAAGCCCUGGGACCAGGGCCCGGACGACUGGAUGAUCCGCUUGCCUUUGUUGGUCGUCUCCUUCCUCUUCCCCAACCCCUGGGUGCUCUUGGUGGCGCAUGUGGCCAACAUCGUCUCCUGGUUCUACUGGAUGCCGGCCGUCUGGGACCACAUGGUCUGGGCGGCCCUCCUGGAGCUGACCUUCGUGCUGGCGGCCUUGGCGGGGGGUGGCAAGGAGGCGGUGGCCAAGAGGUUCCUCCCCGCGGCGCGCAUGGAGCUCUGUGUCCUCUACUGGAGCGCCGCCUUCUGGAAGCUCACCACGAGCUGGUACACCGUCCGCGGCUCCUGCGCCCCGGUGCUCCUCUCGGAGCUCAUGGCCGGGCUCUUCACCGCGGAGCUCGUGCCUCCGGGCAGCGCCUUCGCCAACAUCAUGUUGAAGAUCGCCCCGGUCUUCGUGGCCGCCCUGGAGUUCGCCGUGGCUUACUGCCUCACCUUCCGCCCGACUGCGGGCGUGGUCCUGGCUUUGGCCUUCCACCAGACCAUCAACCUCAUGCCCAUGACCUACGCCGGCGGCUUCUCCAUCUCGAUGUGCUGCCGCUUCGUGAUCUUCCUCCCAGGCAUCGUGAGCCAGGCCCUCGGCAAGUCGAACUCGCUGAUCCUGCCGCUGUCCCUAUGUGUGGCGGUGGGAGCGGCGAUGUUUGCCAUCCACAAAGGCGUCGACACCGCCUGCGUCCUCUUCCUCUCUUUGGCCUUCCUCUACCUGCGCGGCAUCAUGAGCGGGCACCGCCCAAGCGCCAAGGGCUUCGGGGGUGCUGCCUGGCUUUCCUUCCUUGCCAUCCUCAUCGGCUUCGUCUACGGCUUCCUGGCGCCGGUGGCAGGCGUGAUGGCCAUGGCUUCCAGCACCAUGUACGGCAACGUGAAGCAGUGGGGCGGCACCAACCACCUUGCGGUCCCCACCGGACUCCUGCAGGAGCACUUCGCCGACCCUAAGAACACUGAGCCGGCCUGGGCCAAGGACGCCUUUGGUGGGGGACUCAUCCGGGUUGAUGAGACCACGUCCCCCACGAUGCGCGAGCUGUGCCCUGCCGAGGCCACCCACCUCAUGCUCCCCUACGCGCGCGAUCUCCUCAUCGGGGUCGGUACGCCUGGGCGCUACUUCGAGCUCUACGCAGCGCGGAACUACUACAACCGCGACGACGACCAUGGGUCCUCGGCUCUGCACAACCGUGGCAACACCACGGUCGAGGUUUCGCAGCCGCCGUACGUGGAGCCGGCGUACGAGCUCCGUCGCGUGCUCUCGCUCGCACGCAAGAAGGGUGAGAGCUUCACCCUGAAGUACACGCCGGUGCCCUGGUUCGGCACCCCAAAGAGCUACGCAGAGUAUCAGGGCGAGCAGGUGGUCUUAAAGGAGGAGGGCAACGGCCAGCGCACCUGCAUGAAAGGCAAGCCCUGCGACGACUCGGAGGUGGCCCUGCAGCCUCCGCCCCAGUACUGGCUCACGAAGUUCCUCCAUCCCUACCCUCUGCCGAUCCUCCCCGGCGACACGCGGGAAGUCCAUUGCAGCACCUGA